CUUCUGCUCACGUUGGCUACUCUGUUGGCCAGCCUGACAGGCCGCGCCCCGCCCACUUCGUCGCCAUAUUAUUGACAGCGAUCUAAAGCACGUAAACAGAUCAAAAAUCGCCAUGGAAAACGACUCGGGAGAAUUUGUUGACUUGUACUGUCCUCGCAAAUGCUCGGCGAGCAACCGCAUCAUCCACGCCAAGGACCAUGCCUCCAUCCAGAUUACAAUUUGUGAUGUUGAUGCCAAUGGCAGGAUGGCCUCCACAAGCAAACAGUAUGCCAUCUGCGGAGCCAUCAGACGCAUGGGUGAGUCAGAUGACUGCAUCGGCAGAUUAGCAAAGAAGGAUGGAAUCUUGUCUAAGAACUUCUAAAAAUAAAAUUAACUAAAAUACAAAAAGUAUAAUUUUAUUCAAUAUUACAUCCCGAAUUAAUAAUAAGUAAAAAAAAGCCAAUUCGCAU